GGCUGCCCUACCUUUGCAAUCCAGGACGUGACGUAACAUUGGAUGAGCAACUGGUUCCAUUUAGAGGGCAUGCCAUGAGUGACCUUACGGAUGCAGACUUCAUCACUCAACUAUGGAUGUCACCUCCAAAAGGAAAACAACAGAAGAAGAAGAAAAAAAAUGUCAAACAUAAGAAGAGCAGACCCACGAAGACACAUGAAAAGGUCCAGAAGGAAAAUAAAAAGUCCAAAUUUAAAGAAGCAAUGAUGGGAAAGACGGAAAAUAAGAAAGAGAAGAGGAAGGAAAAGGACAGAGAAAAGAAAGGGAAGAAAAAAAAGAAAGACAAUUUGGCUUUGAAUCUUGAUAAUUCCAAAUUUGUUGAGGGCAGCCAGAAGCUUGCAGUGGGCAACCAGUGCCUAAACGAGAAGCAAAGCUCUUCCACUGAAAAACCAGUGAAAAAGCUAAAGAAUAAAAAGAGUAAAAAGAUGGUGGCGUUUGGUUCGUUACCUUCCUACAUACCUAUCAAACGUCCCAUUUUUGCAUCUCCGGCACUGAAACGAACCGAAGCUGUGAGAGAGGAAGACAGCGGCUCCCUGGAGACGGGAAAAAGCCAGAUUCCACCACAGGAAAAUGACUCUCAGUAUAACAGUGACGACAUAAACAGCCAGGACCUGUUCAUCACCCAGAAGAGGUUCAGAGCAUCGCCUUCUGGAACUUCCAGCAGUGAAGCCAGCGACGCCAGAGUUAUUUCUGAAUCCCCUCAUGUGUUCUCGCAGCGAGACAAGAAGCAGCCCCCCGCUGCGGGAGAGAUAAAAAGACGCAACGAGACAUCAGAUAAAGGACGAGACAGGGGAAUAAAAACAGAGAAGAUGGGAGAAAUUUGUGAGUUUCUAAAACCCUCAGGAGAAAUAUCCUUCCUGACAAACCAAGCAGAAACAAAAGUGUCUCAACAUGAAAGGCCCCAACUGGGUGAUCCUUUCUUGGAUGACCCUUUGGUUAUAAACCCCACCCCGGAUGCUGUUUUAUUCCAAGAUGGCUCCUCAUACCGUCCAUACGCUCGGGAGCCAACCAUGACCCCUGGUUUCGCAAGCACUUCCACUCAGACGGAAAACUUCUUCACCACAGAAAUCUCCUCCUACCUUGGCUUCUGCCGGAAAAACAGAGCAGCUUUGCAAUCCCCGGACUGGAAGCCUUUGGAUCUGAGCUUGCCACAUAGAGCGAGGAACAGCCUCUGUUUGUCAGGAGAAACACUCGAUCCCGACAUAAAGCUAGAAGAAGAAAAAGGCCACAAGCAGGAGUCAUCAUUCCAAAAGGGAGAAAUAAGCUGUAACAGAAAGGAAAGCACGUCUGCCUCUCCAAAAACCAGACAUGCAGAGAGGAAGAUGGAAAGUCUGUGUCCUGGUGAAGAAACUCCAAGUCCUCAGUCAGAGGUGGAAUCCAGGUCGGCCAACACCACCUCCAGCGAGGACGACCAGCACUGCCGCGCUGGGAAGCGAGACGCGAACCAGGUGGGGGCAGUCCAGCUGAGGCUGAACAAACCCUUCUUCUUUAAGGCAAAAGGAGAGGGACAGUCUCCGCGUCCGGAGUCGCCGCUGAUGAAACUCGCUCUGGGCCAAGAGGAUAAAGCCAAGAAGUGUCGUUCAGGGAGAAGAUGAAUGUAUUCCAACUUCAGUGUCUCAUUUUUGAGUUUUGACACAUAAGA